AUGGGUUUUGUGGAGCAUGUUCCAGUAUUUAAGAAUUCCAAUACUUCUAAUAAAAAAAUCCCUGAAUAUGCAAAAGACUUCAAAAAAGAAUGGCUUUACAUAACAGGGAUAAAUAAGAAGUGUGGUGAGGUUGAGACAAUUAUUUCUGAUUAUAUUGAUGAAGGUCAAAAAGCUGUGUUAAAAAUUUGUAGAAUUUUUAAUACACUUAGUAAAAAUUUUAAAAAUGUAUUAGAAGCCCAAAAAAUUGGGAAACUUAAAAAAAUUCGUGAUUUAAAAUUCAAAUUAAAUGAUGUUUUUAAUAUUAUUAAUUUAAAAGAUAGUAUAUUUUCUGCAAUGGGAAACAACCAAUAUGUAUAUUUUUUUACAGAUGAAGAAGUUCAAGAAUUUCUUGAGGAUUUAAUAAUAUUUACUCAUAAAGUCAAUAUUAAAGAUAAAAGAGAUUUUGAAGAUAAUAGUUAUUUAGAGUAUUUAGAUUAUAGUGAUAGUGAUAGUGAUAGUGAUAUUGAUGUUAGUAUUGAAGAUGAAGUUUUUAGAGUAGCUAUAGAAAUAAUAGAUAAUGAUAGUGAUAGUGAUGAUGAAUAG